CCCGGUUCCAGAUCCAGGGCAGUAGAGCACUUCACUAAACAAAAGGCACACUGCCCGCGGCGGACUGGAGAGAUCUUGUGGCAAUUGCAGCGAGCAGUAGUCAUGCUCAGGGACCCGCUUUCACAGAGAUUGGCCGCGGAGCAUGCUGAUGCCUUGGAGGGGACGCUGGCUAUGGAUGACAUGUGCGGAGGUGAGGGUGCUGUCGAGCCGGAUGAACCCGCAAGAGAUACAGAAGUCCCUGCCACUGAGCAGGGCAGAGGUGCGGACAGCGUGGAUCGUGCAGAGGAGCUGCCUGUACAAAGACGUGAUGCAGAUGAUGGACGCGCCCGAUUGCGGUCACUUGCCGGUAUGGCGGGUGGGGGCGAUGGGGUGGGGGGGCAGAGCAACUCCUGGCACGCAGGUUGCAACCACACAUGUGGGGUUGAGAGCGAGACAGAGGACCUUGGAUCCUUUCCUGGGGAACAAGGUGCAAAAAGAUCUGGACCGUCCCUUGGCACUUGCCAUGUAUCGAGGCGGUGUUUCCUUCAACUGGCUGCGGUUGAAGGAGACGCAGGAUUAUUGGGACUAUAUUAUCACUCUCCUGCGUCCCUCCAUUGUGCCGGUCCCGCGCCUGCUGACAUACAAGGGAGUCAGGACGAGGAUGCUGGACAUUAUCUACCACGAGGUCGCGGCACUCAUCGCCCCUAAGAAGGCAAAGUGGACGAACACCGGAUGCACGUUGAUGACGGACGGGGCGACGGACCAGAGGAACAAGCCCAUCAUGAACUUCAUCGCAGCAGGGCAGUCUGGACCGGUCCUCAUUCGUAGAAUCGACAUGUCAGACCGGGAGAAGACUGGCAUCAGUUUGGCGAAGAUAUGGGAGAGUGUCAUACGAGACGACAUUGGGGUCGAGAAUGUCAAUGCGAUUUGCACUGACAAUGCGGAGGUGAUGAAGUCAGCGGCCAACGUUCUGCAGUCCCAUCCAGACCCCGCCAUUGCACGCAUUCCUUGGAUCCCGUGCGCAGCACAUUGCCUGAGCUUGCUGCUGAGGUUCGUGCUUGAUGAGGUGGUGUCGUCAGAUAAGUGGAGACGUGCACGAUGGGCUGGCGAUGCACGGACUGACGAGCCAGAGGUCCGCAGGCUGUGCAGAUCUGAUGCAUGGUGGCAGCAAGUGAAGAGAGUGAUGGACGUGAUGGAGCCGUGUUACAAUUUCCUCAAGGACAUGGACCGCGAUGGGUCGUCACCGCCAGGUUUGUGGGAUCUGCAGUCAAUCCUCCGGAGGAAGAUUGAUGCUCUGCAGUUGGACGAGCAUCAGAGGGCGGUUGUCAUGGAGAGUGUGGCAGAUAGGUGCGUGAUGAUGCGUCAGCCUGCCCAUGCCGCGGCUUAUUUGCUGGAUCCUCGUAGGCGCAACGUGUCGUUGUUGAGGGACCGGUCGGCCCCUGUUGUGCAGAGCGCACUUGACCACUUCGCUCGCACUUUGGGCGGGGACUGGGGGGCAGAGGAGAUGCAAAACCUCUGGGAGGCUUUAUGGACUUUCCAUUCAGAUGAUCCGCGAUACUGGCCAGAGCAUGGACCUCACUGGUGGGACCAGUACGCCACUCGGGAUGCAGCAUCGAGGACCAUGCACCCGAAGUUGUGGUGGGACCUUCACGGCGGCCGUUUCCCAAGGUUGCAAGCCAUCGCGAAGAAGGUGCUUGGCAUGUGGUCGACAACAACUCCUUGCGAGCGCAACUGGGCGACUCACGACUUCAUUCACACGACGAGGCGCAACAACCUCUCCGCUAAGAGUGUUGAGAAACUCGUGUUCAUUCAUUGGAACAUGCAGCUUCUCAGUUCUAGCAGGCGGCCGGAGAGUCGUUAUAUCGACGUGUGGGCGGAUAUGGUAGAGGACCCCCCAGAGGAGAUCGACGACACAGAUGUGAUCCCCCCAGAUGUGGGCGAGGAUGACUGGGAGCUGCAGGAUCAGGUUAAUCGUCGCAAGGACGGCCGUAACUGGAUCAUGUCUUUAUCGGCAGACGAUCGUUUGGCAGAUACAAUGCCCCCAUGGCAGGAUGCGGUGUGGAUGCACCGCGAGAUGAUGGAACAGGUGCAGGCGGAUCGAGGCAGAGGGAAGGCGGUUGCAGAAGACCAGCACGAUAUUUUCGACGAGUGGACGACAUUGGACCCUCACACAGACCUCGACUCGUACGUUGAUGGCAGUUUCCAAGCAGUGAGGACCCUCCGGAGCAAGGUGGGAGGCCACGUCCAUGUCGAGGGCCUGUUGGUGACAGACGAUGCGGAGGGGGCAGACGAGGACAUCGAGCGCCACCACGACGACAUCCCUGCCUCGACCUUGCAGCCACUGGUGGCGGAGAUAGGGUCAUCAGGCGCCACAACAUCACAAUGCGUCAAUCAGCCCUCGUCCUCCCGUGUUGCAGGGCCGACCGCCGCCGACUCCAGAGGUCUGGAGCCACAUGAUUCUGCCACGUUAGGUUCCCCUGCUUGCGCCGUCGACGUGCGCAAGACUGACGGAUCUUCACAGGGUGCAGUACACCGUGCUGCAGUGCACAGGGCAGGGCAGAGGCAUAAUGAUAGCAUGGGCGAGAGGGCAGAUCAGGCAGUGGAGCACAGGGCACAGCACAGGGAGGGGAUGCAACAGGUGGCAGAGCAGUUCUCAGAGCGUCCGGGGGUCAGACAGAGUGUCGUGCAGACGGUGGAUCAGAGGGCGGACGUGGUUGCAGAGGAAUUGAUGGGCCACAGGGCUGAUCAGAGGGUGGGUAACAACACAGACAGUAUGGCGGUGCAGAUUGCAGUGCAGUGGGUGGGGGGAGGUUUGGCCGCGACAGUGGAACAGAGGGCGGUCCAAAGGGUACAUCCAUCUGCUCCCCUUGCUGCAGAUCAUAGGGUGGAGCAGAGGGUGGAGCAGAGGGUGGAGCAGAGGGUGGAGCAGAGGGUGGAAGUUAGGGUGGAUGUGAGUGUGGAGCAGCAAGUGGAUGAGGGGCGAUCAGACAUUGAACGCGAGAGAUUGAGUGACAGUAUGGACGAGAGUGUCGGUGUGGAUCUUGGUGUACAUUGCAUGUCGCCAGCACAUCGCGUGGCAGCUCAGGAGCGAGCAUCUGGAGGAGGUGGGGGAGCUCACGACAGCGUCUCCAAUAAGGUGAUGCAGGGCGGGGGACGCAGCUUGUUAAUGGCAAGUUGCGCACCCUUGACCAGUGUAGCAGGCAUACCGCCAUUGCCAUCACCUACAGACAUCCACUCACCCCGCACUUCCAUGUCUAUUGAGCGCCCUACUCUACCCACAUCACUACGGCCAUCAUCAUCUAGGACUGCUACCAUGCCCGACCGCAGUCCGCUGGGCAUUCCCCCGCUUCCGGCACGACAGUCUUCGACUAUCCGCGAUAAUGUGAAGACGAGCCGUGCUGGCAGGAAGAAGAGACAAAGGGAGGAUGAUGUAGGCGGGGAGCCAUCUCCUGCACGUCGAGGUCGUGGCCGGCCUCGUGGCUCAGGUAGAGGCCGAGGCAAGCAACACCAGUCAUGGGCACUGAGUGCACUAGGCCACGGCAGGUCAGAGACUGGCAAUGUUGCGGAGGGGAUUGCUGCAGGAGUUGAUGUUCUUGCAGGUGUCCGUACAAGAUCUCGAGCAGGCAGUAGAGAGAUGCAGAAAACCUCUACUCGCGUGCUGGACGAUAAUCCUGAUGAGAAUGAUGAUGGCAACACCUCAGAUGAGAUGUCCGGCAGCGACUAUGAAGAGGAGACACGUAUGAGGGGUCAGGAGGAGACACAUAUGAUCCUGAUGAGAAUGAUGAUGGCAACACCUAAGAUGAGAUGUCCGGCAGCGACUAUGAGGAGGAGACACGUAUGAGGGGUCAGGAGGAGACACGUACGAGGAGGAGACACGUAUGAGGGGUCAAGAGGAGACACGUAUGAGGAGGAGA